CCUCGGCGGCCGGCGGGGAGAGCCUCUCCGGGCGCCGCGCCGAUCGCCCGCCGGCCGCUGCUCGCCGGAGCCCAGGCGGGUCCGCCGCGGGGCUCCUGCCCGCCCGCCGCCCGAGGGAGCCGAGCCGUGCGGGCCGAGGGCGAUGUCGGCGCGGCCGCCGCUGGCCGAGAAGGCGCUGUCCGAGGCUUACGGCCGCCUGCGCUACCGGGACGCCUCGCUGCUCAUCUGGCAGCAGCAGCAGCGGCAACUGGAGGCCCGGCCCCCCGCCACCUACCUGAGCCGCAGCCGCAGCGCCUGGUACGCACAGUACGGCAACCAGGCCAUCCUGGUGCGGGACCGGAGCAAGCUGGAGGGCGCCCGCGACACCGGCCAGUCCCGCUUCUGCGCCCUGAUGUGACCCGGCGCCUCGCCCGCAAUGCGCGGUCUCUGCGCCCGGGAAGCAGCUGGCAGUCACCUGGACCAGCUUCGUGCCCUUGGGCCCCGCAUCAAGUGGCCGGCUGUUCCGCCUGCUGACAGCUGGUGCGGGCAGAAAGUCUGCCUUCCCGAUGGACCAAGGCUCUGGGUGAGGAGAGGGCAGGGCAGCUGCUGGAAGGAAGGAGGGGAGCCCAGUGGGGCAGGAGCUCAGCUUCCUCCCUUACUUUAGGGGCUCCCAGCCCCCCCACGGCCUUUCCGGGAAAUUGGGAGGGGGAGAAAAGGAGGCUGGGGCAGACAUUCCCUAGAGGCCCUUCCCCACAUCCCUAAAGUGCUGGGAGCUGUAGUCCACCCACAUUGGGUGAAUUCCACACACAGGACCACGAGGCCAAUCGGGACCCCAUUCUCGACCCCAAAGAGGCACCCUGAAGUUUGUUUUGAACCUGGGACAAGCUGGGUGGCGGUGCGUCUUGGGGGACAUGCAGAUUCUGCGCGACUCUGGGGGAGGGUCUCCUCUGGCUUCCUCCACUGGGCGGGAUGGAGCUACUCCAGAGCCCCCUCCCCAGCUUCCUUCUGGGCUCCAGCAGGGUGUUCAGAUUCCUGCAGGCUCCAAUGGAAGCCCUCGCAUUGCCUCCCUCUCGGCUGCUGGUGUGGGUGUUGCAUUGUGGGCCCUCCCCCCCCCUUGGGCUUCCUGAAGGCCCGGCUGACUUCUCUGAUGGGGGGUGGACAAUCGGAGAGGAUGGGCAAAACCCGCUUGCUGAAAUCUGGCCUGAAGGCCUGUUCACCCCGAGGCCUGCCAGGAUUUCCUCCAAGGGUUUGGGUAGCAACAUCUCCACAUUCUCGGCCUUGGCCACAGCGUUGCCGGAGCCCUGGGCUGCUGCUCCAAAUCUCAAGCAGAUUUUCGCCUAGCUCAGGACUGCAGGCACGUGGCAAAGCCGCCAGCUGAGCUUGGAUGCCGUGUUCAUAUUGACAGCUGGGAGAAACUGGGCUUGCACAGAAAUGGAGACACUUGUCCUGGAACCGUCGGUCCCAAGAAUGAAAGCAGGUGGCACCGGGAGGCCAAACUCUGUUCCAGGUGACAUGGUCGGCUGAGGGCCAGUUCCAUGAUCUGGGCUUCCCAGACGCAUUUCCUGGGCACUGGCACAGUUAUGAUGCUCGAGGAAACAGCCUCCACUCGGUGUCUUUAACUGUACAGCUCAGCGCAUCUGAUGGGAGAACCAAGUUUGAAUCCCUCCAAUUCUGGGCAGCCGGCCUUCUUUGGCCGCUCUUCACACGUAUUUUAUCUUGGGCGAACAGUGGUCAGUCUGGCCCUUUCACAUUCAUUCCGUGAUGCCGCAAAUGUGAUGCCAGUGAGGACCCAGAAGGAGCAAGUUUUAAAGGUGUACCGGACAGUGUUGAGUAUGUUUCCUUUUAAAUUGCAUCUGUCAAUAAAGUGUAUCUCGGCACACACUUCUGCUCCCAGGCUUGUUAUGGUGUCAAGUACAGAAGUGGCAUCUGCUCUUAAAUGGGUCUUUGUUGCUUUAUUUUUUUUCCCAACUGUUCUACUUUAAAACAAGAUACAGAGAAAAAGACGGACAUGGGAGAAGACUAGGAAUAUACAAAUAAAACAUGCUUUAUCUGGAAGUUACCAAUACCUGUAAGUUCAAAGUCUAUACAAAAAGAAACCCAAAGAAUCCCAAACAAUCCCAUUCCCCCAAAACUGAAUCAACAUACAAGGAAUAAGCACCAGAACAGGAAACUAUCAAAGGUCCAUAGCACCUGUUGGUUAAAAAGUCAAAAUACAUUUAAAUUAAAAGGAUUCCUAAUUUUCUUUUUCAGAGCUUAGUUUUAAAAACAACACAAACCUACAUUUUGUCUGCUGCUCUUCAAAACGUAGGAUACUUUUUUUUUUUAAGUGACCACUGGAGUUAAUAAAUAAAGUAUUU